UUUGUUUAUUAGUUUGUAGGUUUGCUUGUUCCAAUUGCGGUAGUGUCAUUUGUUAGUCAGGAAUUAUAUUUCGGCAAUAUGGUGUUAGAGAGUACUAUGAUAUGUGUGGAUAACAGUGAUUACAUGCGAAAUGGAGACUUUCUUCCUACAAGAUUACAAGCCCAACAGGAUGCUGUCAAUCUUGUGUGUCAUUCGAAGACGAGAUCAAAUCCAGAGAAUAAUGUUGGUCUUUUGACUUUAGCCAAUGUUGAAGUGUUGGCAACUCUGACAUCUGACGUAGGCAGAAUUCUGUCCAAGCUUCACCAGGUUCAGCCGCAGGGUACCAUCAACCUUCUGACAGGCAUUCGGAUUGCUCACCUGGCAUUGAAGCACCGCCAGGGCAAGAACCACAAGAUGCGUAUCGUUGCUUUUGUUGGAAGCCCAGUUGAAACCGAGGAGAAGGAGCUUGUUAAACUGGCAAAAAGACUCAAGAAAGAGAAGGUCAAUGUAGAUAUUGUGAGCUUUGGUGAGGAGGUGAGUCCUCAGGUAUCAAACAGUGAACUCCUCACAGCAUUUAUUAAUGCUUUGAAUGGAAAGGAUGGAGCCGGUAGUCACUUAGUGUCAGUUCCACCUGGGCCCCACCUCUCCGAUGCACUUAUUUCAUCACCUGUUAUUCAGGGUGAGGAUGGUAUGGGAGGAGCUGGGCUUGGAGGUUCUGGAUUUGAGUUUGGGGUUGAUCCAAACGAAGACCCAGAAUUGGCACUAGCUCUCCGAGUGUCUAUGGAGGAGCAGAGGCAGAGACAGGAAGAAGAAACAAGACGUGCUCAAGUAGCAUCAGCUGCAGAUAGAAGCACUCCAGCACCAACUCCCAUCAAGGAAGCUCCAAAUGAAGAAGCCAUGUUGGAACGUGCUCUGGCCAUGUCUCUUGAGGGAGGAGAGGAGGAGCAGAACACCCCAGCUGUUCCUGAUUUUGCUCACAUGACUGAGGAGGAACAGAUAGCAUUUGCCAUGCAAAUGUCCAUGCAAGAUGCUCAAGAUCAGGCUGGAGGAAAAGAGGAUAAGAAGGAAGUGAAGAAAGAAACGGAAAUUCCAAUGGAGGUAGAGGGAGAAGAAGAUUAUUCUGAAGUGAUGAAUGAUCCUGAGUUCCUGCAGAGUGUGCUAGAGAACCUGCCUGGUGUAGAUCCUCAGAGUGAGGCAAUACGUCAGGCUGUUGGCAGUUUAUCAAAGGAAAAGAAAGACCGCAAAGAUGAAGACAAAGAUAAAAGCAGCAAGAAGUGAUAGUUACAUGAGAAACAUCACAAGUGUUCCUCAUACAUGAUGUUUCCAUAACUUAUUAAAUUCAGUCAUCUCUACAGUUAGGCCAGCUUAUUUCAGAAAAUAACUUGAGAUACUCUGUAGUAUGUAUAUUUCUGUGUUUUGUUUGCAGCAUUUGUUUUCCCUUAUUGUCAAGCAGUAGCUUCUUUUUUUCUUUCCUGAUAUGUUCUAUAGCUGUGAAGUAAGUCUGACUGGAAUUCAUUGAUUCUAGUAGGAUAUUGUUUACACUUUCAGUUUGUGCCAGGGAAGAGCAUGUUCCGAGUGUUGGAAGUGAUGAAAUAAAUUAAGGAAAAUAAUGAUUGUGUUCAUGAAUUGUCUUGUAAGUCUUAUUUCAUAUUGUGAACCAUAUUUAUGUGAUUUUGUCCUGAAUAUUUUCCUUAUAUUA